AAAGUGGAUGCAUCGAAUGGGUCCCAAAAACUUUGCUUUGACUCGUGAAAAAGUGCGUGAAAAGGAAAAAAGAGAGCCCACUCAAUCAGAAAUGUUUGUUGAAACUCGAAAAGGAAAUAAAGGAAAGGAACUGGAUGUAGAAACUGGAAAAGUAAUUGCCCAACUUCAAGAAAUGGUUGAAAAGGAGGAAAGUGAUACAGAAGCUUUUAAGGCUGUUUUUGGAAAGGAGUGUCCCGGCAGGGUACGCUGUUAUGGGAGAAAUGUAACUAAAAGUUCCUUAAAGCGAAAGGCGGAGAUUAAUGCUUUGAAACAAGCACACAGUGAAGAGGUCUCUACAUUAAGGAACGAGUUUCAAGAUCAGAUUGAUAGAUUGCAAAAUGCUUUUAAGACCGUAAUACAACAAUGCAAUCCUCAAAUUAAUAUGGAGUCAAUCGAAGAUUUGUUAGGAUUAUCUCAUGGAGAUGCUAACAGUUCCCCAAAGGAUAUGAGACAACAAUUGCAUUCCUCUACGUCAACUCAUGCUACAUGUCAUGGAAAGCAUGGUAUCAAUGAAGAUGUUGAAAAGGAUGAUAUAAAUGAUGAAAUUCAAGAGGACGACGUAAAUGAUGGAUUUCAAGAGGAAGUCGUAGGUGACGAAUUUCAAGAGGAUGACAUAAAUCUUGAUGAUGAAUUUCAAGAGGACGAUAUAGAUGGUGAAUUUCAAGAGGACGAUGUAGAUGACGAAUUUUUGGAGGACGACAUAUUUGAUGAAUUUCAAGAGGACGAUUUGGAUGAUGAACUCCAAGAAGACUAA